GGUUGAGCCAGAGAGCUCCCGGGCCAGCCUCAGCUUCUGUGAGUCAAGACUCAUGGUCCUCACUGCCUCGGGCUUCAUUGACGUGGCUACCUUUGAAUCAGGAGUGUUUCUUCCUAUUCUGAUACUGAAGUUGGGGGUUGAAGUCUAUAUGCCAAGAAGCCAAGUUCAGCCACCCAUCCUUGAGAAAUCAAUUUAAGAAGCCAAAUGAGUAAGUAGUAGCACUAGGCAUCCAAGGAGGUGUAUUUGACGCGAACAUAUUGAGAAGAGGGACAACGACAUCCAGCAACUUCACUGAAGUCUACCUUCGGGUUCUGAAAGGAGACCAGUCUCAGUAGCAUCGUGGAAAUGCAUGCCUAAGCAGUCCCAACAAGAGUAAUUUAGACUCCGCCCCCACGAGAAUCUCCACUUCAAGAUUCAUACUUAGUGUUUGGCAACACAAGAGUCACUGCGGGACCAACUUUGUUUAAAGGACACGGACCAUGUUCUCAAAUAUAGUGUGUCAGAAAAUGCUGCUAACGUUCUUGUUGUUUUUAGUAAUUGCCUGGAUAAUAUUUGCAAUUUCUCAAAAUUCUGCAAAGCUUUGGACCACUCUAAACACAUCCAUAUCUUUCCAUCCCUGGAACACAUGCAUGAAAUCCUCCUCUUCUGAAAUUCCAAUGAACCAGUCAAAGUUAUCAACAGAGAUUAAGAUAAGAGAGGAGACCCCAAAAACCACAGGCCACAAACAAGACAAGUCACCAACAGAGACAGAGCUGAAAGUCAGGGAGAUUCUGGAGAAGCUGGAUCGACAGAUCCCUCCCAGACCCUUCGUCCACCUCAACAACACAACAAGCGCUACACACAGCACAGCCACCAUCCUCAACCCUCGAGAUACAUACUGCGUGGGAGACCAGCUGGACGUCUUGCUGGUGGCCAAGGACUAUUUUGGUCACAGGAAGGAGUAUGGUGGGGACUUCCUGAGAGCCAGGAUGUCCUCCCCAGCCCUGAAGGCAGGUGCUUCUGGAAAGGUGACAGACUUCAACAAUGGCACCUACCUCGUCAGCUUCACUCUGUUCUGGGAGGGCCCUGUCUCCCUGUCUAUCCUGCUCAUGCACCCCAGUGAAGGAGUGUCAGCUCUCUGGAGAGCCAGGAACCAAGGCUAUGGCAGAAUUGCCUUCAAAGGUACUUUUAUUAAUGGCACAUCCCAGGUCACAGCUGAAUGUGGCCUGACCCUAAACUCAAACAAUGAGCCAUGCAAAUACCUGUACCGUGGUGGUGAGCAAGUCUUCUAUUGCAUGAAACCUCAGCACAUGCCCUGUGAGGCCCUGACCCACGUGUGUACCAGGCAGCAAGGUGUUUCUUAUCUCACUGCCAAAGAAAAAGACCUUUUUCAGAAGUCCAACAUAGGAGUUGAAAUGAUGAAGCACCCUAAAAAUAUUGCUGUCUCCCAAUGCAACAAGAGUGAAAACGUGAGAAAGAAAUGUGAGAUUGGAAUGGAGAUUCCCACACCUAGCGGUUACACUUUACGAAGAAGGUGGGUAACAGCCCAGUGCACCCAGCGUCAGUUAACCUCAAGUCAGAUAAAUGACUGUUUAAAGGGAAAACUCAUUUACCUCCUGGGAGACUCCACGCUGCGCCAAUGGAUCGAAUACCUUCCCAAUGUUGCAAAAACAUUGAAACCUUUUGACCUUCAUGGAACUGGAUUAUAUAAGAAACAUCUGCUUUUGGAUGCUGAAAGGCACACACUGGUUCAAUGGAAGAAACACAGCCACCCUUUCAUCACUGUCCAGCUCUACUCUGUGAUAGAUGAUGGCUAUAUUCCUCAGGAAAUUGACCGCUUACCGGGUGACAAAGAUACUGUCAUAGUCAUUACCUUGGGUCAACACUUCAGACCCUUCCCCAUGGAACUUUUCAUUCAUAGAGCCAUCAAUAUCCAAAAGGCUAUUGAGCGGCUCUUCCUCAGAAGUCCUGACACUAAAGUCAUCAUUAAGACAGAAAAUGUUAGGGAGAUGAACCUAGAUACAGAGAAAUUCGGAGACUUCCAUGGUCAUAUUCAGUAUCUAACCACAAAGGAGAUUUUCAAAGACCUUCAUGUGGGUACCAUUGAUGCCUGGGACAUGACCAUUGCAUGUGGUAGCAAUAUUCUCCAUCCACCUAAUGAAGUGAUUGGAAAUCAGAUUGAUGUGUUUUUAAACUACAUUUGCUAAAAAUACAUCAGUAGGAGCCAAUGUUGCCCAGCCAUACCACGUGAUUCAUCAAUGAAGCUUUAUUCAAUUUAGGAUUUUUUUUUUAAAAAAAUCAAAUUUAAAAGAACCUGUCUUGGAAUAGAGAUGCAGGCGACUAAGCUGAGAGGGUGUUUGCUCAGCAUGCAUGAAGCCUGGGGUUCAACUUUCAGCACCACAUAAGCAGGGCAUAGUGGCACACGCUUGUAAUUCCAAGACUCAGGAAGAUCAGAAGUUAAGGUAAUCUUUGUUAUAUAGUCAGGUCAAGAAGAGCCUUGGCUACAUGAGAAUAGUCCUUGAUUAAAAAUAAUAGUCAUGAUCGUGACAGGAAAUGUAUCUAAAAACAGUAACUACAGAGAGGGAAUAAAGCCAGGAACACUAGGUGCGAAGGACAAUCUUAGAAUAUACUGUUUACCUCUGUGUUGAAAAACACCUUUAUUUGUUAGACAAGCUUGAAUCAUGAUUUCUGUUACUCUUGGCUAAACCGAAUGAUAGGAAGUGUCAAAGAGAACAGCAUGUCAUUGUCAUUAUUUUUUAUUAAAUUUUUUUUAUUAAAAAAUGUUUUCUGAGCCGGGCGGUGGUGGCGCACGCCUUUAAUCCCAGCACUUGGGAGGCAGAG